CUGAUGGAUUCUACCACGGCGACGGCUGAGCUGGGCUGGAUGGUGCAUCCCCCAUCAGGGUGGGAAGAGGUGAGCGGCUACGAUGAGAACAUGAACACUAUCCGCACAUACCAGGUGUGCAAUGUCUUUGAGUCAAGCCAGAACAACUGGCUGCGGACCAAAUUCAUCCGGCGCCGUGGCGCCCACCGCAUCCACGUGGAGAUGAAGUUCUCAGUGCGUGACUGCAGCAGCAUUCCCAGCGUGCCCGGCUCCUGCAAGGAGACCUUCAACCUCUACUACUAUGAGGCCGACUUUGACUUAGCCACCAAGACCUUCCCCAACUGGAUGGAGAAUCCAUGGAUGAAGGUAGACACCAUUGCGGCCGAUGAAAGCUUCUCCCAGGUGGACCUGGGUGGCCGCGUCAUGAAAAUCAACACUGAGGUGCGAAGCUUCGGCCCCGUGUCCCGCAACGGCUUCUACCUGGCCUUCCAGGACUACGGCGGCUGCAUGUCCCUCAUUGCUGUGCGUGUGUUCUACCGAAAGUGCCCCAGAGUCAUCCAGAACGGUGCCGUCUUCCAGGAGACGUUGUCGGGGGCUGAGAGCACUUCACUGGUGGCUGCUCGGGGCAGCUGCAUCCCCAAUGCUGAAGAAGUGGAUGUGCCCAUCAAACUGUACUGUAAUGGGGACGGCGAAUGGCUGGUGCCCAUCGGUCGCUGCAUGUGCAAGGCAGGCUUCGAAGCUGUGGAGAAUGGCACUGUCUGCAGAGGUUGUCCAUCAGGAACCUUCAAGGCCAACCAGGGGGAUGAGGCCUGCACCCACUGUCCCAUCAACAGCCGGACCACCUCCGAGGGCGCCACCAACUGUGUAUGCCGCAAUGGUUACUACAGGGCUGACCUGGACCCCUUAGACAUGCCUUGUACAACCAUCCCCUCUGCGCCUCAGGCUGUGAUCUCUAGCGUCAACGAGACGUCCCUCAUGCUGGAGUGGACCCCACCCCGAGACUCAGGGGGCCGUGAGGAUCUUGUCUACAACAUCAUCUGCAAGAGCUGCGGCUCCGGCCGGGGCGCCUGCACCCGCUGUGGGGACAACGUGCAGUAUGCGCCCCGCCAGCUGGGCCUGACCGAGCCACGCAUCUACAUCAGUGACCUGCUGGCACACACGCAGUACACCUUCGAGAUCCAGGCUGUAAAUGGUGUCACUGACCAGAGCCCCUUCUCACCCCAGUUCGCCUCUGUGAACAUCACCACCAACCAAGCAGCCCCGUCGGCUGUGUCCAUCAUGCAUCAGGUGAGCCGCACUGUGGACAGCAUCACCCUGUCGUGGUCCCAGCCAGACCAGCCUAACGGUGUGAUCCUGGACUAUGAACUACAGUAUUAUGAGAAGGAGCUCAGUGAGUACAACGCCACAGCCAUAAAAAGCCCCACCAACACGGUCACCGUGCAGGGCCUCAAAGCCGGCGCCAUCUAUGUCUUCCAGGUGCGGGCACGCACCGUUGCAGGCUAUGGGCGCUACAGUGGCAAGAUGUACUUCCAAACCAUGACAGAAGCCGAGUACCAGACCAGCAUCAAGGAGAAGCUGCCUCUCAUCGUCGGCUCCUCGGCUGCUGGCUUAGUCUUCCUCAUCGCUGUGGUCGUCAUUGCCAUCGUAUGUAACAGACGGGGGUUUGAGCGUGCCGACUCAGAGUACACCGACAAGCUGCAGCACUACACCAGCGGCCACAUGACCCCAGGCAUGAAGAUCUAUAUUGACCCUUUCACCUAUGAAGACCCUAAUGAGGCAGUCCGGGAGUUUGCCAAGGAAAUUGACAUCUCCUGUGUCAAGAUUGAGCAGGUGAUCGGAGCAGGGGAGUUUGGUGAGGUAUGCAGUGGCCAUUUGAAGCUGCCAGGCAAGAGAGAGAUCUUUGUAGCCAUCAAGACCCUCAAGUCGGGCUACACGGAGAAGCAGCGCCGGGACUUCCUGAGUGAGGCAUCCAUCAUGGGCCAGUUCGACCACCCCAAUGUCAUCCACCUGGAAGGGGUUGUUACCAAGAGCACACCUGUCAUGAUCAUCACUGAGUUCAUGGAGAAUGGUUCCCUGGACUCCUUCCUCCGGCAAAAUGACGGGCAGUUCACAGUCAUCCAGUUGGUGGGCAUGCUGCGGGGCAUUGCAGCCGGCAUGAAGUACCUGGCAGACAUGAACUACGUGCACCGUGACCUCGCUGCACGCAACAUCCUCGUCAACAGCAACCUGGUUUGCAAGGUGUCUGACUUCGGGCUCUCACGCUUCCUGGAGGACGACACCUCUGACCCCACCUAUACCAGCGCUCUGGGUGGGAAGAUCCCCAUCCGCUGGACAGCACCGGAAGCCAUCCAGUACCGGAAAUUCACCUCAGCCAGUGAUGUGUGGAGCUAUGGCAUUGUCAUGUGGGAGGUGAUGUCCUACGGGGAACGGCCCUACUGGGACAUGACCAACCAGGAUGUAAUCAACGCCAUUGAACAGGACUACCGGCUACCUCCGCCCAUGGACUGCCCGAGCGCCCUGCACCAGCUCAUGCUGGACUGCUGGCAGAAGGACCGCAACCAUCGGCCCAAGUUCGGCCAGAUUGUCAACACGCUGGACAAGAUGAUCCGAAACCCCAACAGCCUCAAAGCCAUGGCGCCCCUAUCCUCUGGCAUCAACUUGCCACUGCUGGACCGCACGAUCCCCGACUACACCAGCUUUAACACAGUGGACGAGUGGCUGGAAGCCAUCAAGAUGAGCCAGUACAAGGAGAGCUUCGCCAAUGCCGGCUUCACCUCCUUCGACGUUGUAUCUCAGAUGAUGAUGGAGGACAUUCUCCGGGUUGGGGUCACCCUAGCUGGCCACCAGAAAAAAAUCCUGAACAGUAUCCAGGUGAUGCGGGCCCAGAUGAACCAGAUUCAGUCUGUGGAGGUUUGACGUUCGCCUGCCUCGGCUCGCCUCUUCCUCCACGCCGCCUCCUCAGCCCCGUACGUCGGUCCCUCUGCUGCCCUGUCCACUGCAGGGCCAGCCACCUGCCCGGAGGCCACAAGGCAACAGGAAGAACCAAGUAGCAGCACUCUAGCCAACGAGACGACACCAAGAACCCAUGCAAGUCAAAGGAAUGAAAAGGGAAUGGGGGGAACACGCAGCUGGAUCUGGGAGGGGGCGGGACAGGCAAGGACUAUUUGUUCAAAGAGGAUUCUCAUAAGGAGAGCAGCGAUGGUUCUUAGGGGAGAAAAGAAAAGGGCUUGGGAGAU